AUGAAUGUUAAAGAGGUUGACAAACUGUCAGCACAGUUUGCCGUGUCUCUCAGUGAAGCUACUGGACUCAUCGCAUCUUGGUUAGAUGAUGAUGAUGAUGUAACCAACCCGUCAAACGGAGCCAGCAGAGCCGCUGGCAACGAUAGCGACGAUGAAAUCUACGAAUCACUUGGCCUCAAACAACUGCGGAACUCACGAGCUGGUCUUGGAUCCGUCAACACCAGCUCAAUCCCGUUCCGCCGAGACCCUGUUUUCGACCUCAACAGCCGUGGAACCAGCACCACCGGCCUGGGUUCACGACCGGGCCAGCCAAACUCCAACCUCAGCAGCUCCCAGAAAGCACUCCAGGCCAUAAAAAAGAAACACCCUCACACCAGUACCGCCCAAACCACAUCACAACCCACCCCCACCACCUCCCUAAAACCCCAUAACCCGGACUCGGACUCAGACUCCGACGGCCGGUCCUCACUCCGCACGACCGCCAAACGCACCUCGACCUCGUUCCUCGACAGCUACAAAAAGAACAAAAAAAGCCGCCGGUGA